UCAAUUUGAAUUUCUCAGUAAUCUUUGAUAAAACGUUCUAAAUUUUCGAUAACUAAUGAUUUUUUUCUAUAAUAAAUGGAUCAUUUUAUUUCUCUUCUCUCUCUUCCAAUUUAAAAUGUCGCUCCCGCAAAGUCUGCCUGCAUUCUCUUAACGUCUUCUCAUUCUCUCUCUAGCUGCUCACUCCUUCCUUUUUUCACAGAAAACUAUUUUCAUUCAACUCCAUAUUCCUGGAAUUUUCUUGAAACUAUUGUUGCAAUGGGUAAGAUCCGAUCCGGACAGGAUCCAAAAGCGGCAUUGGUCUCAGAGAUUUGUUCGCUGUCGAGAUCGCCGAUCGCUUGCAUUCACAUCAACGGCAACUCCGUUUCAUGUUUCAUCGACUGGUAUCUCAUUCUCGGUAUCCAGGAAGAUGCAGAGGUCAAGCUCAUACGUAAACGAUAUCACAAACUAGCUAUGAAGGUUCAUCCCGAUAAAAACAACCACCCAAAAGCAGAUAUUGCUUUUAAGCUCAUCCACGAGGCUUAUUUAUGUCUUACAGACGAAACAAAGAGAAGAUGCUUCAACACAGACCGACAAAAGAACAUAUGUCUGAAAUGCAGCCGUCUCCCACACAAAACCAAAGAGAAUCGCCCAGAUACUAAACCGAACCGGUUCUGCCAAGCCCUCAGGAACAUUAGGGAUAAAUUUAGAGAAGAGAACAAGGUGAUAGAGAGAUGUCUAAAGACAAACAGUGCAAGAUUCAUGGGGAACCUAACUGAGGAAACCCCGGUUUUCGGUAUACCGAACCUAAACCGGUUUAGUAAGGAGUUACCGGUUUUUAAUCCGACGGAUUACAAAUUACGGGGUUAUCCACAUGUGAGAAAUCGAGUGUUGGACAACAACUUGUCGGAUUGGAAGAUGUUCAUGAGAAGCAGAUCCACAUGUGUUCACUCCUCAUGAUGAUAAUUUUUUUCCUUUCUUAUUAUUUAUAAUUCUUCUUUACUUUUAGGUCUAUUAAGCUAAGAAAGCAACUACUGGCUUUAGUAGAUUUAAUGAAUUAUUUCAUUGCUCAAAGUUCAAACCGAUAAAUCUUUCUAUAACAGAUAAUCAUCAUAUGUAACUUAUCAGAAAAUGUUA